AUGCGAAUCCGGAGAAUUAACCAAUUGCUCAAUGGCUAUUUUCGAUUCCAGUUAUGUACAUCUGGAUGGGAAUUAGUAAGCAGUGGCUUUGCACAGUUGCUGAAUGAUGCUCAGUCCAGAAUCACUUCGCUGGAUACGACGGCUGGCGUUGAUCAAGAGUUCUUCUCACAAUUCACUAUCAACGAACUCUUCAACGACGUUCAUCUUUCCAAACGAUUCACCGUUCUUAUCAAUAAGCUCUCACCGAACUUAACCACACUUACCGUCAAUGCAGCCGUCUUUUCAAAAAUGUUGCAAAACAUCAACAAUGGAUCAUUACUAUUCCCUUACCUGCGUUCACUACAUAUUUGUGUUGGUAACCAGUGUGGAUCGUUAUCGUCGCAGGUUUCUUGUGCUCAGUCGAGAUGGUUAGCAGCCGAGCUGAAAUCUGUUAAGGUGACAGUGAACCUUUCGGAGAAGAGUCCAUCAGAAAUAACAUGUUGCGAUUUCAAAACGCUUCUCAAGUUACUGUCGCAAAUCAUCGGUUCAGCAGGUACUUGGUCAUUAUGUCUGAAAGAUGCGACUCAGCGAGCUCAAGGAUGGUUCUCACCAGCUGAGUUAUCGCAAAAUCGUCAUACAUCAUUCGUCAGCUAUGUUCGUGCUGCACUCGAUACGGGUGUUGCACUGCACUCGUUGGAACUUUUUGAUGAGUUGAAAAUGUCACCGUAUAUGAUCGUUAUGCAAAAACAACGUCGGUUGCUCUAUAUGUACGAUGAAUUUAAGAAAUGUGAACGUCUCGUGAUAGGUUACGAUAUCGGCAUCGUGGCACCAUCGUUCCAUGCUCAGCAAUCCACAUAUUCACAGUUGAAAUUCGUCGAGUUGGUGGCAUCGCAUGUGCUCUGCAAGAAGGAUUUCGUCGUUUACCUUUCGGAUGCAAGAAGUUAG